UCGUGGAGGUCUUACGGGGGAAAUGCAAUAGAAAAAGAUUGCAAUAACGUUACGUUAGAGCACCCCAUAUAUGUGAUCUUAUACGACUCUGAUUGUAGAUCACGAUGUAGCCAGGCAAAAAAGAGACGCGGACGCACGAUGACGAGACGACACAAGCGUUGUCUUUCAACUGAAGGCUCCCCAAUACAGAACCUUCAGAACGAAAGAAAAAAAAUUACUGCCCCUUCCAGUCCGUGAGGAUGAUCCAACAGCGAAGCUGGUUAAGACAGCUCUUGCUUCGUCACUUCGUUUCGUCUUUGCGCUGCCACACGACGAACGUGGUGCAAGUCGCCGAAUUCUCUUGUCGACAUGAAACGCAGAGUGGCCACUCGCUUCUUGUGCGCCGCCUGGCACCGCCCGAAUUGUUGCUGCCGGCGCCGCCGCCGCCGCCGGCUCAAGUGUGCAGCCCGGGCUUGGACCGUCGCAUGAGCGGCCUGCUGUCGCGCCUCGAGCAGGGCUUCUCGCUCGGCGAGCCCACGCCGGGUUUCUACGAGGCGCUCGUGGAGCAGCUGCGCGCCUCGCUUGCAUUCGGCGCCGUGGUGCCGGCGGCAGGGUCUAGGGCUCGGCCGUCGAAGGCCCCCAAAAAUGGCCGCCAAACCGCGAAGGACGCUUUGUGAGCCCACAGCCUUUUGUGCACAACGCUGAGUUUUGUCUUUCGCGGUGGCAGGUACCACCGGGAUACGCCUCCGGAUGAAGCUACGACUGACAAGUCUUCUACUCUUUCUUUAUCCGCCGGACGACGGACAAAGUGGGUCAUGCACAGAGAAUGUCAUGUUCGCAGUACGUCACUUCUGUGAAGUCAGAGAGAUAAUUAAGCAGCUCUCCUGGUUACCUGUUCACAGGGUUCAGUCACAAGCUUUAUGGCAGUGAAUCCGGGAUCUCGUGUCACGUCGAUGCAAGUAGAGCACUUUCGCGAGCAGCUGGCCCACUCUCGCAUAGUUUGCGCGCACUUCGGAAUCCCCGCUCGUGCGUCGUCUGCUACCGUUAGAUGCCGAACAACACCUCGAAACGAUGGCGGAACAUCCUCUCAUGCGCAUGCGCAGUGACUUGCGGUCUGCCUGUAGAAUGCAGCAGACGACGCUCGAGCCCGACCAGGGAGUGCUUCCGUUGAACCCUCAAACCGGGAGAGUGCACUUCUGACUGGCCAGAGGCAUCUACUUGUACCGUAUGACACGCGCUUCCGUGUUCGUCAUAAGAGCUCUUGACUGUACUUCUGCAGAGGCUCAGUUUUAGAACGGCAGGAUUCUGUCAUCUUCGCUCCUAAGUGACCUGCUUCAUGUGCCGACCCGCCAUAUCUCAAGCCGCAAUGCGACGGUCAUUACGGGACUGACAUACACGCUUGUCUUGUACAGAACUUUUCGAGUGGGCCUUGGCAUCGAAGCGCUUGCCUACAUAAGCUACUUAUUUAGCCUUGAGAAAGUGUUCACUUCGUCAUGGAAUAUUCAGGACAAUAAAUAAAUUAUAAGUG